AUGAAGUUCGCCAUCGCCAUUGUCGCAGUAUUUGCUGCCUUGACCUCUGCUACAGCUGUUUUCCCCAACAGGGCUCCUCGUGGCACUCAUUGCUCCAACUAUUGCGGAGGAGAGACGACCACGUGCUGCGAAGUUGACGGUUGCUGCUACCCUUGCUACGAAGGUUCCGACGCCGACUGUACUCCCGAGGUUACUGAAUAA